AUGAGAGUUGAAACGUGCCACUUUUGCUCUAGGCCUGUCUACCCUAGCAAGGGUAUUCAGUUUAACUUCAAGGCUAAGCGGCAACCGAGACGUGUGAAGUGGACCAAGGCCGGUCGCGCUGCCAAGGGCAAGGAGAUGAUUGUCGACUCGUCGCUGGUGCUGUCCCAGUUCGCCAAGAAGAGAAACGUCCCCGUCAAGUACGACAGAAACCUGGUUGCGGCGACUAUCAAGGCGAUGGAGAGAGUGGAGGAGAUCCGGCAGCGCAGGGAGCGUGUGUUCACGAAGCGUCGUUUGGCAGGCAAGCUUGCGCGGGACCGCAAGCGCGAGGCGGAUCGCAAGGUGGUCAUGGAGGGCGAGCACCUCAUUCGCAAGGAGCUCCGCGAGCGGGAAGAGGGACAGCCCUUGGUGGCCGAGACUGCCAAGGCAAGCAGACUGCACGGAGAGGAGCGUCUCAGACAGAAGAAGAAGACCAGAAUGUUGGUGGAUGGAACUACUCAGGAGGAGAUGGAUGUCGACUAA